AUGAGCACCCACGAGCCUCUUCACGGUUCCUGCCUGUGCGGCCGAAAUCAAUACUCGAUCGAUAUCCCAGAAGAUGUGACCGAUCACGCCAAUGUCUAUUUCGACAGCAGCCGAGACUACCGAAGAUCGUAUGGAUCACCUCUCACUGCAUGGCUGCGGGUCCCCCUGAGCUGGUAUCGAUCUCAUACCCACUCCUACUUUCCCGAUGAAACCCACGCCACUAUCCGACGGGUCUUCACGCCCAAUUAUGCCCCUCACACCCAGCGCAUCUUCUGCGGAUACUGCGGCACCCCGCUCACGUACUGGAGCGAGAUACCUCGCGGGGAAGCAAACUUCAUGUCUGUGGCCAUCGGUAGUCUGCUCAGCGAGGAUCAGCGCCUCCUAGAAGAUCUGAAUCUGCUUCCCGAAUUCCCUGACGAAGAAGCCGAAGAGGAGGCAGAGAAAACAGCUAGUGCAAGUCAGGCUCCGGCAACUACCUCUAAUUCUUCGACAGUUGUUGUCCCAUCUGUGGCUCCCGGCUCUGCUGUAUCUCGGACCUACCGCCGCGGUACCACGGGCGGGAUCCCGUGGUUCGAGGAGAUGAUCGAGGGAAGCCGACUCGGCCGCUUGAUGAAGACUAGACGCGGCUUAGGGGCCAGUGAGGAUAAAUCGACAACAAUAGAGUGGGAAGUUACUGAGUGGGGAGACGAAAUAUCUGGCGAGGAGACGCAGGCGGGUUUGACCGAUGCGCGAGCAGCCGUGAAGAGGAAGCGGGGACACCUUGUUGACGCGCAGGGCCCUGGUUCAGCUGCGAAAAUGGUGUAA